AUGGAAGACAUGGAGGAGAUUGCGAAGUUGACAAGGCCUUUUUCAAGGUCGGUCAAAAUAGUUCUGGAGGAUGGCGGGAGAUACUUCGUGCAGAAGGCUAUACUCUACAAUGCUUCGCAGUACUUUGUCAAAGCUCUAGAAGGGUCGUUCAUCGAGAGCACCGAACAAGUACUCAAGCUGCCUGGCUGCGACUCUGCCACCUUCGACGUCUUCUUCUUCUGGCUGUGUAAAGGCAAUUUGCCGACUACGCUACAGGUGAUCGGAGGUCUCGGCUAUCAGGAUCGUGACGUCUCUACAAUGAGGGCGAGACGCUCCGAAGAUUGUGAAAAGCAGAAGCUCAUCGUAAGAACCUGGUGUUUCGGAGACGCUUGCCUGCUGCCCGUCCUGCAGGACGUUGCAAUGCGUGCGCUGUGCGCAUCCUCCAAGGCUUGCCCAAUCACGGAUGAGGUACUGUGCCUGGCGGUUCAGACCAUGCCUCGAGAUUCUGCACUUUGGAGAUUGUGUUUUGACAAAUUUGCCGUUUUCUUCUACCAUGCGAGAGAUCUAAUGAGCGAGGAGUGGAAGGAUGAGAUCGGUCAAAUCCCUGGUGCGCUUAAGGAGCUCACCGAACGCCUAAUACCAGAUGACGGAAUACCGAUAUCUUCGAGGUUGGUGUCUUUGGGGAACGGGGAGGACAAAGAUUACUUUGUGGAUGGGUAG